AAGGAUUUUAGUUUUCUUCUAUCAUCCAUAUAUCUCGACGGCAGAAACAAAGAGGAAACUUAUCUUAAACCCUAUCUCCGGUUAAAGCGUGCGUUACUACUUCACAUCAAACAGAUAUGUCUGACUUCGAAGAUCACGAGGGAAACGGCACAGCUGUUGACAACCUUGAGGCCGCUGAUAACGGUGGUGGCCGCGGCGGCGAAAUCGAGGAUCAGUCAGACUCCAAAUCUCAGAGAGAAACGCGUGACAAUGAAAGAGAGUCUUCAAGAAGUAAAGAUAGAGAAAGAGAGAAGAGUCGUGAUAAGGACUCUGAACGAAGCAGAGACAGAGAUGUUGACAGAAGAGACAGAGACAAGGACAGGGAUCGUGAGCGUCAUCACAGAAGUAGUCGUCACAGGGAUCGUAGUAGAGACCGUGGUGAUAGAAGAGAACGUGGUAGUAGAGACCGUGAUGAUGACUACCGCAGAAGCCGUGACCGUGAUUACGAUAGGCGUAGAGAUGACAGAGGAGAUAGACGCCGUCAUAGGUCUCGUUCUCGUUCCAAGGAUAGAUCUAGGCGCAGAUCAAGGUCUCGAUCUCCCUCAAAAAGCAAGCGGGUCAGUGGAUUCGAUAUGGCACCUCCAGCCUCUGCAAUGUUAGCUGCUGGUGCUGCUGUUACAGGCCAAGUUCCUCCUCCACCACCAACUCUUCCCGCGGCUGGAAUGUUUAACAGCGUAUUUCCCUUACAGACUGGACAGACAUUUGGGGGACUCCCUAUGAUGCCAAUUCAGGCUAUGACACAGCAGGCGACUAGGCAUGCUCGCAGAGUCUACGUUGGUGGGCUUUCCCCUGUGGCAAAUGAACAGUCUGUGGCUACAUUCUUUAGUCAAGUUAUGGCUGCUGUUGGGGGAAACACUGCUGGCCCAGGUGAUGCCGUUGUUAAUGUUUACAUAAACCACGAGAAGAAGUUUGCUUUUGUGGAGAUGCGAUCUGUUGAAGAGGCUAGUAACGCCAUGUCCUUGGACGGGAUUAUAUUUGAGGGAGCUCCAGUGAAGGUGAGGAGACCUAGUGACUAUAACCCAUCUCUAGCUGCACCUCUUGGCCCAAGCCAGCCCAGUCCCCAUCUAAACUUAGCUGCUGUUGGUCUGACUCCAGGUGCUUCUGGUGGUCUCGAAGGUCCAGACCGUAUCUUUGUUGGUGGACUUCCAUAUUACUUCACCGAGCCACAAGUCAGGGAGCUGUUGGAAAGCUUUGGAGCCCUAAAAGGGUUUGAUCUUGUAAAAGAUCGAGAAACUGGAAACUCUAAAGGAUACGCCUUUUGUGUGUACCAAGAUGUUGGUGUUACAGAUAUUGCGUGCAUGGCUCUAAAUGGUAUAAAAUUGGGUGACAAGACUCUCACUGUGAGACGUGCUAAUCAGGGAGCAAUGCAACCGAAAGAACAGGAGAGUGUAUUGUUGCAAGCACAGCAACAAAUUGCUAAUCAGGUGAAUAUGUUCCAGCCAGGUCCGGCGGCAACAACAGUUGUAUGUUUGACUCAAGUUGUUACUGAGGAUGAGCUUAAAGAUGAUGAGGAAUUUGAAGAUAUAAUGGAAGACAUGAGACAAGAAGGCGGAAAGUUUGGUUCGUUGACCAGCGUUGUGAUUCCGCGUCCCAGCUCCAGCGGUGAGCCAGUGCCAGGCCUUGGCAAGGUUUUCUUGAAGUAUGCUGAUACAGAUGGUUCGUCGAGGGCAAGAAACGGGAUGAAUGGUAGGAAGUUUGGAGGGAACGAAGUGGUUGCUGUGUUUUACCCAGAAGACAAGUUUGAUCAGGGAGAGUACGGAGCCUGAUGCUCACAUCCUUGUUUGUUUACCUUUUAAGUAUUUUGCUUUAGUUGAAGACACUCUCUUGUGUGAUUUUAAGACCAAUAUAUGGUUUUGAUACAUUUUGUUUGCUAUAAAACUCUUGGAUCUUAC